AUGGGGGAAGCCAGUGGAGAUGGGGGGCAGCCAGCAGGGGUCCUGCUGCCCACCCCAGCCCCUGAGGUGCUGGAGAGGGUGCUGAGUCAGCGCUACGGCCCCCUGCCCUGUGCCGCUGCCAUUGUCCGUCUGCGCAAGCAGCCAUCGGGGGGCUACCAGCCCUCUGGGGCCCUGGCGGACGUGCUGGAGCGACGGCAGGUGGCCAACGCCAAGGAGCGUGAGAGGAUUAAAAACCUGAACAGCGGCUUCUCGAGGCUGAAGACCAUCGUGCCCCUCAUCCCCCGUGACCACAAGCCCAGCAAAGUUGACACCCUGAAAGCUGCCGCCGAGUACAUUCGCCUGCUCCACCUGGUUUUGGAAGAAACCGGGGGCUUUGAGCGGCAGGAGGCUGAUGUCAAGCAGGAGCUGGAUGACAGCAGGCGGGUGACCCCAGCAGAGGACCUUGUGACUUGGCCUGGCAGUGCCCCCCCGUGCCCGUGGGCUCCCCCUGUCCUGCCCCCCUGCCCAGAGCUGCUGCAGAAGGGCAAGGGGCUGCUCAUCACACCGAUGGGCUGUGCCUUCGGGCAGGGCGGGGGCCGGCUGGGGCUUAUCUACAGAGCGCAGCUGGGGGAUAUUUUUGGUGCCUUCUUCGCAAUCUGUAUUUCUGGAGGAGGUGAAGGUGGUGAGGACUGA